ACCACGGUUAGACAGUUGAGACCAGUGCAAUAUUUAACAAAAUGUUGGGGGUGGAGUCCUGUCCUGAAUCCACUCCAUUGCUUGAGGGCAGCCAUCAUAGUGUUCACUAUUGUGUGCGGCUGAGGGAAGAAGAAAAAGAGAGGAGGGCGCACAAGGGGGGAAAGAAAACCUGUCCCUUUGUGUGGGAAAGACUUAGCAGGAAAGUGAUUUUGUGGACUAUUUGAGUUUGCCGGGAAAGCGAGGAUCUUCCCCUGACCUGCAUUUUUCUGUCAACUCCAUGCGUCUUGACUGCCUUAAAGCAGAGUCACCUUCGAUUUGGAUUCUCCAGCCGGCAAACAGCGACACCCCGGCUUCUCCUGAUGAUGAGAGCAGACGUCAGCCGGGUUUGCAUGAAUAUUGAUGUGGAGGAUAGUCUGUUUCAUAGAAGAACAGAAGGAGGCAAGAUGGCUGCCCUUUAGGAUUUGUAACAGGGGAGAUCCGGACGGUUUGUUGGAAUUUCUACAAAGUGGAGGGACGCAAAAGGAGGACGAAGAAAGGGCAGCCUGUGAAUGGACCCUGAGCAGGCCAGAUGGAAACAGACCAGACCAGACAUGAGACGGAAGAAAGUUUGACCCUUAAGAAAAUUGGCACAUCAUGCAACAUCUCUAACAAACUCCAGAAUGGCGGGACCUUUUUAGAUGGGGAUACUCUUCAAAUUACUGGUGCUACAAACUGGAACAACUACAAGGCCAGCACAGGUUCCAACUCCAUGAAGAGACAAAAUGAAACUUGUAAUGACCCUGGAUCAUUACAAGGGCUGUUGGAUCAGGGAUCCUUUACGAUGAAUGGAGAUUUGAUGAAUGGAGAUUUCAAACAUGCACUCACUGAACAGCCAUUCCUGGUUGGUCAGAAUAAAAAAUUUAAAGUAGAUUCAGAGAUUGCUGAAUUGACAAAAAACACAGAAUAUGAGUGCAAUGCUCAGGCAGAUAUAAAAUUAGGAACCAGAAAUUGCACAAUUCCUAACGGAGAUCAUUUUCCUCUGCCAAGAAACAAACAGGUCUCAAUUAACGGUGCUGCACUUACCACCUCUACAAUAGAAAGUACACCAGGUGAUCUUUUGGAGAAAACUUUGUCUCAGUAUUACCCUGAGCAAGUAUCAAUUGCACCCCAGAGGUCUGGGUCAGAAGAUGCUAUGAAUUGUUCUCUUACAAAUAAACUGCCCAGUGACGAUCUUAUACCUUCGACUUUAACUUCAGACUUUCCCAAUUCUGCUCAGACACUUGAAACUCAACCACGACAGGCUGGGACAUCUGGUAUUGAAGACAGUGUCAAUAAUUUUAACUCUAUAAACUAUGUAGUGAAUGGAUACUCGAACAAUCAUGAAACAGAAUACCAGCAGAAAAAACAACAGCAUCAACACCUGCCACAGUCUUGCUCUAGCCACGAAGGAUCUCUUGGUCAGCUCCUUGGCAUGGCUCCAUCAUCAAACAUUGCCAACUCCUUGCAACAACAUAAAAACAGCCUACAGUCUUACCCUAAUGACUCAAAUCCUCAACAAGGGUAUCAGAAUAUUAAUCAUAAUUUGGAUCUCCCCAAUUUUAAAGAGUGCAACACUCAAAAGACAACUGAGACAGUAAUGGCAAAAUAUGAACCCUCACCCAACUCUGAAAUACAAAACAUGGCGCAAGUAGGGAAACCUGGGUCUGGUCAUGCUCACCAGUUUGGGAUUCAACGCAGACAUUUUCCACAGAAUGUUGAAAACAUACAAGGAUCUGACAGCAUGGUCACUAAGGGACCUAAUCCCCAGCAGUCAAUUCAGGUUGGAUUAGGAAACAGUAUGGAUAACACAACCCAGCAAACAGGCAACUUGUUGUGUUCUACCCUCCAGCAGGGCAGCUGGAUGGAACAGAACCCUGCAAAGCAACAGACAAGUGGAUUGUCAUCCCAGGCAGAGCAGGAAAAGGGGGGGUUGUCUGCCAAGGCCCUGUCAGACCAACAGAGACAUAGCCUACAAGUUCAAGGUCAGAUUUUGGACGAACAGUCUACACAAAAGUUUGAGCAACCUGGAAUGUUCAAACAAAACAUUCUGGGGUGUAACACUAUACAGGCCCAACAACUUAGUCUCCUAGGCCAAUCACAUUUGGCUUCAGCCCCAAACAACAAUGAUUCAGAAUGGCAGCAAUCCAAUUCUAACACAAAUUUAAUGCAGAAGACUCCACCCCAGAAAAAGCACUAUCAACAGACAGGGGGACAUUACCCCACCACUGUGCAGUCCGAGCACUUACACGACAACCCUGAACCGCAGGACACAUUGUCGCCUGACUUCUUUGCAACACAGCAACAGCAGCACUGUAAUCUUCCACGUCCACUGUCCCACCCGCCACAAUUUGAAGAACAGCAACUUAAGUCUCCCAUUUACAGACCUCACAGUCAGCCUCAGCCAAGUCAAAUUCAACUUAACCAGCAACCCAGAAACAACUCUUUUCAUCCCAGCAGUCAUGCCUGCUACAAAAACACAACAGAUAUUCAGAUACAAUGUCAAAGAUCGUUUUCCCCAAACUCAGUCACCACUGAGUCCAAGCAAUUUCAAAAGCAGCGACCCAAUAACUGCCACCCUUCGAAAAAUAUGGACUUCCCACAGACUUCUACACAAACAUAUCUGCAACAAGGUGCAACAAACAAACAAAUACCAACACAUGUACAUCCUAAGACCGAACACCAGCUGAACGCAUGUUCUCAGUUCCAAAGGGGAUCUCACUUGGGCUUGCCAAUUCCUCAAGGAGACUACCAGAGGCAUGAAACCUUACGCAUGCAUCUGUUACAACGGCAAGAGCGACAGGGCCCUCCUCAUUCUACACAAAGCACUUGGGAUAGCAAACAUGGUCUCGCGAAUAUAAAAAUUGAAAAUGAACCCAGAUUUAAUGCACUUGGCUCACAGCAGAAUCUGGGUGGAUUGCAAACCAAGCAGGAGAAUCAAGAGUCUUCUUGUGAGAACAUUAGGCAGAAUAAUAUACUAGCUUCCAUGGAACAAAGCCUAAAACAGUACCAACUGUCUCCCGUGUUUGAGAAGAAAUCCUUCAUUCUCAAUUCAAAUAAAGUCAAAGUGGAAUCUUCUGGGCCCGUCACAAUCCUGUCAACCAACACCGAGAUGUGUAAAGUGGAAUCAUCUGGUGCUGCUAUGUCCACAAUGACUUUUAAAAGAACACCUGACUCAACACCCAAGAAAGAACAACUCUUACAGAGAUUCAUGGAGUCUCCGAUGAAGCUAUUAGAUACCCCCAUAAAAAGUCUACUUGAUACGCCAAUUAAAACACAAUAUGAGAUUGCAUCCUGCCACUGUGUUGAACAAAUCAGUGAGAAGGAUGAGGGCCCGUACUAUACUCACCUGGGAUCAGCGCCUACGGUUGCUGGUAUACGGGAGGAGAUGGAGAGAAGGUCUGGUUUACAUGGUCAAGCCAUCAGGAUUGAGAAAGUGGUGUACACUGGGAAGGAAGGAAAAAGUACACAGGGGUGCCCUAUUGCAAAAUGGGUAAUCCGCCGAGCCAGUGUAGAAGAAAAGCUACUGGUGUUGGUUCGAGAACGCACUGGACAUAAAUGUGACACUGCCUGCAUAAUUGUUGCUAUCCUAGUCUGGGAGGGCAUUCAACCCAGCCUAGCAGACAAGCUCUACCUUGAGCUAAGUGAAACUCUAACAAAACAUGGAGCCCUCACCCAAAGAAGAUGUGCUCUCAAUGAAGAGAGGACCUGUGCAUGUCAGGGAUUAAAUCCAGAUGCAUGUGGAGCUUCAUUCUCCUUUGGAUGCUCAUGGAGCAUGUACUACAAUGGCUGCAAAUUUGCAAGGAGUAAAAUUCCAAGAAAAUUCAAACUACAAGGAGAUGAUGUCAGAGAGGAAGAGCGAUUGGAGCAAAAUUUUCAACAUCUUGCAACCUUACUAGGCCCCUUGUACAAAACAAUGGCACCUGAAGCUUAUGGAAACCAGGUGGAACAUGAGCAGAGAGCACCCGAUUGUCGUCUGGGGGUAAAGGACGGUCGACCUUUCUCUGGGGUUACUGCUUGUCUGGACUUCUGUGCUCAUGCUCAUAGAGAUGUCCACAACAUGCAAGGGGGGAGCACUGUAGUAUGCACGUUAACAAGGGAAGAUAACAGAGAGAUUGGAAAAAUACCAGAGGAUGAGCAGCUCCAUGUCCUGCCACUGUAUAAAGUUGCCAACACAGAUGAGUUCGGCAGUGAGGGGGGUCAGCAGGAAAAAAUCCGCUCGGGUGCUAUUCAAGCCCUCAGUGCCUUCCGCCGCCAGGUGCGUAUGCUCGCUGAGCCUGCCAAGUCAUGUCGCCAGAAGAAGCUGGAGUCUAAGAAAGCAAACGCUAUCAAGAACAACAUGACAGACAACUCUCAUGAUAAGGCUGACAAAGUUACCCCUUCUAAGAUGAAAGCUGGGAAUGGUGAAAACAUCACUCUGAGCACACUUGUGCCAGGCUUUAUUCCAGGUGCUAUUGGAGCCUCUCAACAUCGAAAUCAACCGAUAGACUCCCUCGGAGCUCACUCUCAGCAAGUGCAGCAUCAACAGCACGAGAACAUUAUUACCUCUUAUACCGGUGCAACAAACGCUGCCAAAUACCUUCAUGGCCAUCCAGGAUCUUUUCCAAGCACUUCAACUCCAGGGAGCAUGUUUCCCCAUCAAUCCACAGCACCAGCAAGCCCUUACCCCUCCUCUGCCCAGGCUCCCAACUCGUUCAUUGAUGGAUCUAAACGUUCCUACCCUGGCUACCAAUGUAACGGUGGUAUGCCGCUUGAAAACUACCAUCCGUACUAUGCUUCAAACCAAAAGCAACUGGACAUGUAUCAACAACAACGGCAAGUGUUUUACCCAGAGCAGAAGUAUGCAACACAUCAGCGUUAUGAGGUCAAUUAUCCACCAAAUUAUGCUGAUCGAAGUUUACAAGUCAAUGGCUAUAACACAUCCGGCAUGAGGCCAGUUCACCCCAUGAGAGCUUUCAGUCCCUGUAAUCCUAAUGGAACCAUAGACCCUCAUUUUAUGGACCCCCUUUCAAGAGCGCCCUCCGCCCACAGAGUUCAAAACGUGACACCUGCAGGGGGUAACGGCAAUCAGUUUGGUAGACCUCCAAAUCCAUACUUGGGGAGUCCUCAAAUGUUCCCCACAGCUCAGCAACCGUUCCAUAUGCAAAUUAAGCAAGAAAUGGGUUUUGCUAACCCACAGAUGCUUGGUGCUCAUUUAAGUGGCGGCUACUUAAACCCAGAAACACAAACAGGAUUGGGUCUGUUAAACGGUAACCCAUUGUUAACUGGUAUCAAGCAAGAGCCUGGAAUUCCACAGAGACCCGCAACCCCACCAAAGCCAGAAAUCUGGUCGGACAAUGAGCACAACUUCUUGGACCCUGAAAUCGGUGGAGUGGCGGUGGCACCUAGCCAUGGCUCUGUCCUCAUCGAAUGCGCUAAACGGGAGCUUCACGCCACAACACCUCUCAAAAAUCCGGACCGUCAUCACCCAACACGUAUAUCCUUAGUCUUCUACCAGCACAAAAAUAUGAACGAGGCUAAGCACGGUCUGGCCAUGUGGGAAGCAAAGGUGGCAGAAAAGGCCCGGGAAAAGGAGGAAGACGCAGAGCGAAACGGUGGAGAGGGGACGCCGAGCAAAGGCAGCAAGAGGGGGACAAAGCGUGAACAUCCAGAGCCGUCUGAAUCUCUUGGGGAGCCUCCUUAUAAGCGUUUUAUAAAGACACUCAUUGAGGGGUCCUUAUCGUGCACAACCAACACCUACGUCAGUACAUCUCCGUAUGCCUUCACUAAGGUCACAGGACCUUAUAGUCACUUUGCCUAAAAUACCCUCAAUAACAACAACAACAAAAACACAAAAAUGAAAUCAGAAAAAAAUGAAGGUGCUUUAUUUAUGCUACGACCACCUGCAGCACUGGCCUCAUACACACUCCUAACCUGUUCAGGUCUUUUUCACUUUUAACAACUGAGCUUUACUUGUUGACCUUGCUAUGGAUGUAUUUAUUUUAGUUUUGCAACGUUUGCAAGAUACACACUGUUAAACCAUCUGGUGCUCUCAAUUGUACACACAGAUCUACUUUUUUUUUAGUUUUACUGGAAACAAAACUUAAUCUUUGGUGGCUUUAUUUUAAAUUUUGAAUACUUCAACUCGGCAUGGAAUUCCGAGUUUAAGGUGCUAAUUAAUGUGUGUUAUAUCAUGUCUUUAAAGCAUAACUGUUACUACAGAUGGAAUAAUGAGAAUUUGAUGACAUUAUUAGCACAAAAAGAAUGUGCUGUAACUUGGUGUGUCUUGAGCACUUCUUGAAUACACACAAAAACUUAUAUCAAUUAAGAUUUUUAAAAUUUACAAAUUUAAAAUUCCAAGAAUCUCCCAGGUUGAAAAAUAUUUUUAUCUUAAAAAAAUGUUCUCCAAAACAGUAUUGUGUUGGUGCUUCUUUCGCUACUUACAGUGGAGCAAAUAAGUAUUUUGUCAACCACUAUAUGUGCAAGUUCUCCCACUUGAAAAUAUUAGAGAGGCCUGUAAUUGUCAAAAUGGGUAAACCUCAACCAUGAGAGACAAUGUGGGGAAAAAAAAACAGAAAAUCACAAUGUUUGAUUUUCAAAGAAUUUAUUUGGAAAUCAUGGUGGAAAAUAAGUAUUUGGUCAAUGCCAAAAGUUCAUCUCAAUACUUUGUUAUGUACCAUUUGUUGGCAAUAACGGAGGGCAAACGUUUUCUGAAACUCUUCACAAGCUUUUCACACACUGUUGCUGGUAUUUUGACUCAUUCCUCCAUGCAGAUCUCCUCUAGAGCAGUGAUGUUUUGGGGCAGUCGUCUGGCAACACAGACUUUUAACUCCCUCCACAGAUUUUCUAUGGAGUUGAGAUCUGGAGACUGGCUAGGCCACUCCAGGAUCUUGAAAUGCUUCUUACGAAGCCACUCCUUUGUUGCCCUGGCUGCGUAUUUGGGCUCAUUGUCAUGCUGAAAGACCCAGUCACGUCUCAUCUUCAAUGCCCUUGCUGAUGGAAGGAGAUUUUCACUUAAAAUCUCUCGAUACAUGGCCCCAUUCAUUCUUUCCUUUACACAGAUCAGUCAUCCUGGUCCCUUUGCAGAAAAACAGCCCCAAAGCAUGACGUUUCCACCCCCAUGCUUCAGAGCGGGUAUGGUGUUCUUCGGAUGCAAUUCAGUAUUCUUUCUCCUCCAAACACGGGAACCUGUGUUUCCACCAAAAAGUUAUAUUUUGGUUUCAUCUGACCAAAACACAUUCUCCCAUUCCUCUUCUAGAUCAUCCAAAUUAAUCAAUCAAUCAAUUUUAUUUGUAUAGCCCUGAAUCACAACAAGGUUGCCUCGAAGGGCUUUGCAGAGGCAAUAUGAUACACAGUCAGAAACAGCAAAUGAAGUAACAAAGGUGAAUAAAUAAAGUUCAAGUCCUGGGUAGCCCCCAUCCUUAGACCCUCCAUGUCCCAAAAACUCCAGAGUCUUUGGGAGAAAAUGAGAAACCUUGGGGAGUACCACAGUCAAGAGAGAUCCACUCCCAGGAUGGAUAGACAGGAAGCCCCAGGACCGCUAAUGGGAAUUAGCAGGCGAAGUUACAGUCCGUAAAGAUGCAGUGGAGUAAAGGAACAAGAAGAGGUCCAUCUAGCCAGAUGAGACGGGGGUAGCAACGAGGACGUCCAUCCAGCCAGGGGUCCGGGCAGUCAGGAGGCUGCAGCUGAAAAAUAGCCCUCGACACCGGGUGACUAGUGAUGAAGAGACUAGACAGCUAGAUAAUAACAUUGGAAAAUAGAAAUAAAGUAAGACAAGUGGUAGGUAGAGUGAGAGAAAGGAGAUGCUCUCUCACGAACCGCAGACGGGCCUGGACGUGUACUUUCUUCAACAAGGGGACACGUCUGGCAGUGCAGGAUUUGAGUCCCUGGCGGCGCAUUGUGUUACUGAUAGUAGCCUUUGUUACUGUGGUCCCAGCUCUCUGUAGGUCAUUCACUAGGUCCCCCCGUGUGGUUCUGGGAUUUUUGCUCACCGUUCUUGUUAUCGUUUUGACGCCAUGGGGUGAGAUCUUGCAUGGAGCCCCAGAUCGAGGGAGAUUAUCAGUGGUCUUGCAUGUCUUCCAUUUUCUAAUAAUUGCUCCCACAGUUGAUUUCUUUACACCAAGCGUUUUACGUAUUGCAGAUUCAGUCUUCCCAGCCUGGUGCAGGUCUACAAUUUUGUCUCUGGUGUCCUUCGACAGCUCUUUGGUCUUGGCCAUAGUGGAGUUUGGAGUGUGACUGAUCAGUCAGUCACACUCCAAACUGUCCAAAUUGUGGACAGGUGUCCUUAUACCGAUAAUGAGUUAAAACAGGUGCCAUUAAUACAGGUGGAGCCUCGUUAGACCUCGUUACAAGAAGUUAGACCUCUUUGAUACUUAUUUUCCACUCUAAUUUGGAAAUAAAUUCUUUAAAAAUCAAUGUGAUUUUGGUUUUUUUUCUUCCACAUUGUCUCUCAUGGUUGAGGUUUACCCAUGUUGACAAUUACAGGCCUCUCUAAUCUUUUCAAGUGGGAGAACUUGCACUUAGUGGUUGACUAAAUGCUUAUUUGCCCCACUGUAUGUUCUACACAUUGAGCCAUUCAAAUGGUGCAUUUUUACCAUUUAAAAGACAAAGAAAAAAAAAAAAACAAGGUUUUGUUAUGCAAGGUUUUCCAGUUUUACUGUCAGCAAAAAUGUUCCUUUCGGUAGGUUCAUUGAACCAGCCCGAAUUGUGAAAAUUAAGUGUAGUUUAAUGUCUGUGGUGCUUAGUUUGAUGUAAUUUUUUAUACACUGAGGAGCAUGAGGCAGGGUCAGCUCGGGUGUCACCUUCAGAGGGCAGCUGGCUUGCUGGGGAUUCUUUUGUUUAUUGUAUUCUAAGUGUAAGAUAAAAAGGUGAGAUCUGUACAGUAAGUUAAAUUCCCUUUCUGGAAUUACUGUAAUGAACUGUGUUUGUUGUAAAGAAUGAGAAAAGCCUAAUUCAUUGUUUAUCUUUGUGUUCUAAUGGAUCUUGUUUCAUAGGGUGCUAUUCAACCUGUUAAAACAUACAAUGUGAGACUCUUUAAGCAGUGAGAAGAAGGCUGUUAAAUAAUGUACAGUACCAACCAGUCGUAUACCUCAAAACCAGUUUGGCAAUAGGAAAAAAAUAUAUAUUUCUUUAAAUAUUUUUUGGUUACAGUUUAACUGCAUGCCACCUAAAAGGCGGGAAAGUUAACCUCUUACUUUUGUACCUACCUGCUAGAAAUUUGAUUUUUUUUUAAUGUUACUGUAAAAUCAGGGACAUUUAAAAAGAAAAUGUACAUUUUUGCCUGCAUUUGUCUUGUUUCCUCAUUCAGGGACGUGCCAUUGCAUUUUGUGUCCCGCUUCAACUUUUCUAAAGUAAGUCACACAGAUUUUCAGAGGAAGAUUUUUUUUUUUUUUUAACUAGUAGGAUGGUGUUUUUUUUCCUUACAACGCAUAUGCACUGAUGUGACUAAAGGGAAAGUAUGACAUCGAAUAAUUAAGGGCAGUUUUUUUUUUGUUGCUAUUUUUUAUGAGGCAAGACCAAGGCAGUAUCGUCUUUGUGCCUGUGUAUAGUUCAAUUUAUUUAUAACCACUAAGCAAUUGUAUGAUUUCGUCUCUUUAUUUUUGAAUUAAUGUGAUAUAUAUCAGAAUGACUGUAACGUUAAAGUAACAAUUCACCCAAGCUUAACAAAUUCGUUUUCUGAAAGCACUUCAAAUUUUUUUCAGGAAAAAAAAAAACAAAUAUUAUAUGUAAUAAAGUACAAAAUGUUCUAUUUAAAACAGGGUGUAAAUGAGUUUCUCACAUUGAAAAGUGCAUAUCAAAAAUAACAUUUUCAGAACGGGAUGUAGGUUCUCGUCAAGGCAAGUUGACCCGCUACAGAUCAAAUCUCAAAGAACGUCAGUCUUUGUAAAUAGUACACUCACUGUCAACACGAUGUUUACUGCUAGCUCGACGAACAUUUGAAUUUAUAUUUUUGCGUUUGUAAAAUCCAGAGUGAUAAUCUGUUCAUUGUACAGUGCCCAGCGACAGUAGCAGGUUGUGGUGAGGAGAUUUAAGACUUUCAGCAGGUAAAAGGAAAAACAGCAGAGCCAUACUUGAAGAUUAUGAGUCAGCAUUACUUGAAUGGGUAUAGCAAGAGUACUACAAGUACUCAGCUCAAACAACUAGCGGUUCA